AUGGCCGGCCUAGCAGCUGGUUUCAGCUCUUCGCCUCCUGGCCGGGGCUUCGACGGCGACGACGACGACGACGAGCUGGCCCGCGACACGAUUCCCUGCUCACCCUACGCUACGCAAGCAACCCAGGUGAUCAAUCGAACAUCCCUGCUUCCCAAACACACUGAGGCGCCCUCAUCGCCUCUUGCAUCGAGCGUCGUCGAGGUCCCCGCGUCUUCUCCCUUCCAGCCGAAGCCUUCCAAGGCGCCAUUUGCGACUCGCCUCGCGCCUGCGGGCACGCUCUUUCGGCCUCCUCCCCAACUGCCGCGGGGCAUUAAACGUCCAGCUGCCGAACCGAUCAUGAUAUCGUCCGAUGACGAGAAGAGCCCUUCGAGGGGCGACAUCCAGCCGACAGCCUUCAAGAAGCGCAUGACCGCCUUUCACUACGAACCGACGGAAAGGAUCGACAAGCUGGAGAAGAUGACGGCCUUGACGGAGCAGGUUUCUACCGCAACUGGUCAGAGCUUCCCGUCUCGCGCUUGUCGCGAGGCUCUCAUGGCUUGCCAUAAUAACGUUUCUGAUGCAGUGAACUACCUCUACGAAGGCAAGCACCUGCAGAAGGAAAAGAAGCACGGAGCCACCUCGGCGCCGCUGUCUGCCGCCUCGACGAACCCGCUCAAGUCGAAGCCGUCGCUCGCUGCUAAGGGCAACGGUGCCGACUUCUACCAGACGCCGAACCUCAGCCCUCGAACACCGAGCCCGGCGAAGCAGGCGAAGCCUCGACGACGUCUCGUGCAGGGCCGUCGCCCGAACCGAUCGCCCUCGCCCCCGACGUCGCAACCAGUGCAGGAGGCGCGGGAGGUCAUCAAUGUGGACGAUGAAGUGGAUGAGAUUGCCGAGGACAGGAUUGUCAUUGCAGAUGACAAGGACGACGACUACGACAACGAGGACGACGUGAUGGAGGCCACCGUCAAGGAGAGCCUCUAUGACAAGGCUCUUAACACCAUCAACAAUAGUUCGAUCGACGAUCUCUCGGCCAUGACCAACCUCAAGCAGGACGAACUACAAAUUAUCGCCACGAAACGCCCUUUCCACGACAUUGACCAGGUCGAGCGGGUCACGGCGGCCAAAAAGUCCAACGGGCGCAAGUCAAACAAGGCGGCCAUUGGCGAACUCCUCGUUGAGGCCAUCAUGGAGUUCACUAAGGCGGUCAACGCAAUCGACACCGUCGUCGCUGAGUGUGAGAAGAAGGCUGUCCGGGUGAAGAGUGAGAUGAGUAUGUGGGACAUCGACUUGAAAGGCCACGCACGAAGUGGAACAACUUCGCAGACAGACAGCGACGACCUUCCCAUGACGCCCAACAGCUCCAAGGGUCAGAAGUACGCGCCACCACCGAUCCCUCGCCAGCCGGCCUUGUUGGAAGGCCACUGCACUAUGCGCCCUUUCCAGCUGUACGGCCUCAAUUGGAUGUCAGUUUUGUACAACAGCGGCUAUGGAUGCAUCCUGGCCGAUGAGAUGGGCCUGGGCAAGACGUGCCAGGUCAUCUCCCUCAUGGCCCACCUUGUCGAGAGUUAUGACGAGGAGAAGGACGAGAAGCGGCCGUGGCCGAAUCUGAUUGUCGUCCCACCUUCCACGCUGUCCAACUGGGAGGUUGAGUUUGAAAAGUUUGCCCCCGACCUGUCCGUCUUGACGUACAAGGGCUCGCAGUCUGAUCGCGCCAUGAUCGCCGAAGACAUGUUAAGCGCACCCGAGGAGUAUCACGUCGUUCUCACGAGCUACACACAGGUCGGCAAGGAAGAAGACAUCGACGCCCUCAUGGAGCUACGUCCCAAUGCCGCCAUCUUCGACGAGGGUCACAAGAUGAAGAACCCCAAGACGAAGAUCUACAAAGACCUCAUCCGCAUCAAGGCGGACUGGCGCAUGCUCCUCACGGGCACGCCUGUGCAGAACAACCUCAUGGAGAUGCUGUCGCUUCUCAACUUUAUCGACCCCAAGAUGUUCAAGGGCCACAUGGAACACCUGCAAUACAUGUUCAGCCAGAAGGUCACGACGAGGGACGUGAACAACGGGGCUUUCCUGUACAGCGAGCGUGUCAGCCGGGCCCGGACGAUCCUCGAGCCGUUCAUCCUGCAGCGGCGCAAGCAGCAGGUUCUGUCGGACAUGCCGAACAAGACGUGCAACGUCGACUACUGCGAGCUGCCGCCCUCGCAGAAGGCGCUGUACGAUGAGCUCGAGACCAUGUUCAAGUCGGGGCCGGUGGGCAAGAGCAAGACGGCCAACGUGCGGCAGAACGACGUCAACAACAUUUGGAUGCAGUUGCGCAAGGCGGCGAUCCACCCGCAGCUGUUCCGACGGCACUUUGACGACAAGAAGGUGGAGAAGAUGGCGGGGGUGCUGAUGCGCAAGGUGCCGCAGUCGGAGCUGCAGCAGCCGAACAUGGAGCACCUCAUCGGGGAGCUGAAGAACUGCUCGGACUUUGAGCUGCACCUGUGGUGCCGCGACUACAAGUGCCUCGAGGGCUUCGACCUGCCAGAGGGCUCGUGGAUGGAGAGCGGCAAGGUGACCAAGAUGCUGGAGCUCAUCCACCAGUACCAGGCGAACGGGGACCGCGUGCUCGUGUUCAGCAAGUUCGCCAAGGUGAUUGAGAUUCUGCGCGAGGUGCUGCACACGGACGGGAUCAAGCACUGCGUGCUGUACGGCGCGACGUCGGUCGAGGAGCGGCAGGGGCUCAUCAACGAGUUCAACGAGAACACGGACAUUCCCGUGUUCCUGCUGACGACGGGGGCGGGCGGCACGGGCAUCAACCUGACGUCGGCCAACAAGGUCAUCAUCUUUGACCAGUCGGACAAUCCGCAGGACGACAUCCAGGCGGAGAACCGCGCGCACCGACUGGGCCAGACGCGGGAUGUCGAGGUGAUCCGGCUGCUGACGAGGCGGACGAUCGAGGAGCUCAUCUUCAAGGCGUGCGAGAAGAAGAUUGAGCUGGCGAACAAGGUGACGGGGGCGGUGGAGGACCUGGGGACGAACGCCGAGAUCAACCUCGAGAAGGAGGUGCGCAGGAUGCUGGCGGACCAGCUGACGCCGCCAUGA